UGGAAUACAAUGGAACAAAGCUAAUUCUUUCCCUUUCCCAUUUUUGCAUUCUUACAUUGCCUAUGAAUGGUAACCUUGAACAGGCAUUUUACUUACACUUAUGAUACAUUUUACUUACACUUAUGAUUUCCUUUGCUGUGUAAAACAUAGCAUUUUUGGAGACAGCAUGAACUGAGCUUGUUGACUGCCUGAAGAAUGCAACUAUUAUGGAUUCUUCUGAAUUUCAAAUGCUACAAAUGUUUUCUACCACAAAUAUAUAAAUUGACUUUCUGGACAAGUAUACAUGCAAUGUGAAAUACAAUGCAAGGUAACAUGACUGUCAUCACUCAUUUCAUCCUUCUGGGAUUUGGGGAGCUUCAUGGUAUGCAGAUGUUACUGUUCAUGUUAUUUUUAACACUUUACAUAUUUACUAUGAUGGCCAAUUUCCUCACUGUUUUUCUAAUUCUGGUUGAUCACCGUUUGCAUACACCCAUGUACUUCUUCUUAGGCAAUUUGUCAUGUUUGGAAAUGAUGUACAGCUCUACAAUCUUGCCUAAGAUGUUGGACAGUUUUUUAACAGGGGAAAAAUACAUCUCUUUCAAAGGAUGUAUUACACAGUUCUAUUUCUUUGCUUCCCUGGGUAGCACAGAAUGCUAUCUCCUCUCUGUGAUGUCUUAUGAUCGAUUUUUAGCCAUAUGUAAACCUUUGCAUUAUGCGACUGCAAUGAGAAUUACACGCUGCAUCCAGCUAGCUGCUGUGUCUUGGAUCAAUGGCGUGGUAUUUACAUCGGUAUAUUUGAUCUUCAUGUUACAGCUUUGGUUCUGUGGCCCCAAUGAAAUUGACCAUUUCUUUUGUGAAUCCUUGCCAUUAAUAAAGCUUUCUUGCAGUGAUACUACAUUUGCAAAAUAUACUAUUGCAAUCCUGGCUUAUACAUUUACGUUUCCUCCUUUUAUUUUGACUUUUAUGUCUUACCUAUUUAUACUAAGAACCAUUUUGAGAAUAUCAUCUAGAAUUGGGAGACAAAAGGCCUUUUCUACCUGUUCCUCUCAUCUGAUUGUUGUGUCUUUUUUCUAUGGGGCAAUAACAGCUGUGUACCUGAUGCCAGAAACUGAAGAAAUGAAAAAUUAUACCAAAUUCUUUUCUCUGUUAUACACAGUGUUUCCCUCACUACUCAACCCCCUAAUAUAUACAUUGAGAAACAAGGAUGUCAAAGAAGCCCUGAAGAAGCUAUUUGGUAGAUUUUGGAAAAAUAGGUUUCUACCGUGUAUUUAAGAGAUGCAAUAAUGGAGCUUACUUCUAGAAAACUUCUAGAAAUACAGUUCAAUAUAUAUAUUCAAUAUGCAGGUGGAUAGCUCCACAUUUUGAAUUAGCAAUUGUUAUUUGAAUUUCUCCUUCAUGGAACCAUUAAAAUAAUCAUAUAUUAUAGCUUUAUCUAGUUGGAUUUCAUUAGGAUCAAAAUAAAGAAAACUACUUCUUCUUAAUUUUCCACCUUAAUACCUUAAUAUUUUAGUCUUCAAAACCUGGUAGGCCAUGAGACCUAUAGAGUCCUUGGAACUGGUAAGAUAUUAGGAUGGUUAUAUAGUUAUUAACAUUUGCUGUUUGCCUAAUGUUUGUCUUUUAUAGUGUGUUUUUAACAGCUUUUAAAGGCAACAACAACAACAACUAUGAUGAUGAUGAUGAUGAUGAUGAUGAUGAUGUAUAUAUUAUGGUUUUUUUUUAAGUUUUGCUGUAUGCUGGCCAGAAUCACUUGUUUUCUGAUUUGGGUUGCUAUAUAAAAUUGAUGAAUAAAUAAAUAUUGACAAAAGG